GUAAAAAGUCAGCCUUGGUGUCUCAUUAGAUGGUUGUUCCGACAAUGUCCGGAGAUGUUGCUCAUUUUACUGGAUUAGCAAAACAGCUUGAAACUCAAGAAUUAGACUCACCAGGUGGAGUCGCAACACCUCAAAUAUACUCUCAGUUAUUAGCAAUUUAUCUGGUUCAAAAUGAUAUUUCAAAUGCCAAACUGUUAUGGAAAAGAAUACCACUUUCAGUAAAGACAUCUAAUCCAGAUCUUGGUCAGGUAUGGAGUGUAGGACAGAAGAUGUGGUCUCGAGAUUACUCUGCAGUCUAUGAAGCUUUACAAAAGGAUUGGCCAGACUAUCUUAAAGCAGUAAUGGCAGCCCUUUUAGAAUCCACAAGACAGCGAGCAUUCACCCUUGUCUCCCAAGCUUAUUCCUCCAUUAAUGCUGAUGAUUUUUCAGCAUUCAUGGGAAUGCCAGUGGCAGAGGCAGUAACAGCUGCCACUAAUCGGGGUUGGCAGGCUGACCCCCAGACCAGGUUGAUCUCACCUAAAAAAGAAGAAAAACCAGCUGCAGUUGCUAUCCCCAAUGAUCAACAAAUGGCUAGAUUUACAGACUAUGUGUCCUUCCUAGAAAACUGAUGAUAGGCUAAUACUACUAGAGAAAAAUACAAUUUUAUAUGAUAGUUGCCAAAGCAGCAUAAAAACCCAUAUGCAAAACACAAGUGCAUAAAGUUGAAAUAUCCCUAAAAUUAGGAAACUUGUUAUUAAACAUUUGCCGGGGUCCAUUGACGUCAGAAUCUUGUACAUUGAACAUGUAUGCAAAAUGCCUAUACUAUGUGUUACAUUGGAAAAAUAAUAUUUGUGAAACCAGCACCUAUGAAUACAUUCAUUAUGCACUGUUCCUCAAUGUAGCAAUCCUUAUGCAGUGUUGAAUAUAGAUUUACAGUAAAACCUGUCUAAUCCGAAUGCCUCUGGGACGAGACAAAACUGUUCAGAUUGGCAGGUGUUCAUAUUUCGGGGUUUCAUAAACAUGAAGCCAAUGAGAGGUAAC